CUAUCAUUUUUUACGCCCUGACCUGCACGUUUGGUAAAUCCCUGCACUUAGGAGAACGAGCUUAUUCAAAGCCUUGUUCACACACAUUUCCAAAACACAGAAAAAAAGAAAAAAAAAAAAGCGCUGAUGAAGUUGAUUGACAUUCAAAUCAAAAUUUGGUAUUUUAAAAUACCAAAGUACGCCUUCAUUCCUCUUUAGUGCAAUUAUCAUUCUGGGUCUGUCAAAAGACCUGCGAUUAUGCACGUUAAAACUUUCAAAUACCAAUAAUUUCUUUUAAUUUAAAUCUGGCAGAAAAUAUAGAUUUUUUUUCCACCGAGCUAAUGCUAAUGGUAUUCAAAACAGCUCCUGAUAAACAUUCAUCUUGCGCAACUGCCAACUGCAAAAGUUUUCUAGCAUAAAACUUAGUGGUCCAAACGGGCUUAAGUUUGAUUUACACUUUGGCUCUGCAGUAAGUCUCACUGCCAUUAGUAAAAGGACAUUUCGAGGUUGGUCACAAGGUGCUUAAAAAGCGAUGGAGGGAACGCCCCUGAGUGUCGGAGAGAAGGUUAAAGAAGUGCUGCAGCUCUGCUGGAUGGGAAGCCAGGCUCAGACAGCUUCUGAUGAGGGAAGUCACCUUCAGCUCUGCAACAAGCCCGCCUCUUUGGAGCUUGGUGGACCUUGUGUGAAUAAAAUUCAUUUUCAGUUCAAUUCCAUUUUAGUAGUAUUGUGCUUUUUACAGAAGACUGUCACCCAGACACUGUACAGAGUCGCAGAAGGGCUGACACCAGGCACAUGAUGGAAAAAGAACUCCGCAAUCGGGAGAAAAGCCCUCGAACAGUGGAAAGAAAAAAAAGCCAAGUCCUCACAACUCAGAUGCGAGAGCUGUGUGGAGAUGCUGUUCGUGCGCGGCUCAGGCAACUGUGUUCAGUGCGACACGCCGCUCAGGAAAAGUAACUUCCGUGUGCAGCUCUUCGAAGACCCCGCCGUCGACAAGGAGGUGGAGAUCCGCAAGAAGGUCCUCAAGAUAUACAACAAGAGAGACACAGACUUCCCCAGCCUAAAGGAGUACAACGAUUACUUGGAGCAGGUGGAGGAGCUCGUCUUUAACCUGACAAACAACAUGGACGUGGAGAAUACUAAACAGAUUAUGGAGCAGUAUCAGAGAGAGAACAGGGAAAUCAUUCAGAAGAACAAAGUCAAACUGACGCGGGAGCAGGAGGAGUUGGAGGAGUUGCUCCUGCUGGAGCAGCAGGGCAGUGAGCAGAGGAGGCUGGAGACCCUGCAGGAGGAGCAGAGGCAGCUGCUGGCCAAGAGGAAGAACAAACAGGCCCUGCUGGACGAGCUGGAGAGCUCCCAGUUGCCCGCCACUCUGCUCCUGGCCCAGCACAAGGACCGGGCGGCGCAGCUGGAGACCCAGCUGGAGAAGCAGCGGCAGAUUGUGAAGCCCACCAUCUUCUCCACGGGCAUCCCCAUGGGUCAGACGAUCUCGCUGCAGCCGGUGGUGCGGAUGGAGGAGGUUCUGUACCAGUACCAGCCGCUGUUCAUCCACACCUACGGACCCCCGGUGCCAGAACUGGAGCAGCUGGGGAGGCUGGGGUACCUGAACCACGUGCGGGCGGCCUCCCCACAGGACACAGCCGGGGGGUACACCUCAGCCCUGGCCUGCCACCGAGCCGUGCAGGACGCCUUCAGCGGGCUGCUCCCCACGCUGCACUGACCCCUGUCCCCUACGCCCUGUGUGUGUGUGUGUGUGUGUGUGUGUGUGUCUGUCUGUGUGUGUGUGUGUGUGUGCGUGUGCGUCUGUCUGUCUGUGUGUGUGUGUGUCUGCGUGUGUCUGUGUGUGUGUGUCUGUGUGUGUGUGUGUGCGCGCGUGUGUGUGUGCGUGUCUGUGUGUGUGUGCCUGUGUCUGUGUGUGUGCGCACGCUCUGCUUCCCUUCCACUGCUGCUGUAUGCAGGACUGUGUCCACCUGUAUGUACAGAUCUGUGUUUUAUAUUACUCAUUUGCUAUUAAGUUUUAUAUGAAAAUAAAGGGGAAAAAAAAGA